CAUUGUGUUGUAUUGCAUCACGCGGAAGAAACGAGCCCACAUCUACACCAAUAAGUCGCGAGAAUACGCGGGUGGUGGCAAAAUUACGAAAUUUACCGCGUGUGUAUCUGUUUUUCUAUAUUUAUGUCGAGUUAAACAUUGGCAUCAAAGUAUCUGAUAUGUUACAUUUAAUUUUAUAAGUAGAAACAGAAGAUUAACUUAGCUCGCGCUGUGUUUGACAACAUAGGUCCAGUCCGCAGCCGCAUGUGGUCGUUUCCUCCUUUGAAACGACCGAGGAAUAAAAUAUUAUCGUCGACAUUCUCCGUUUUCUGCCAUCUCUACAGUGUUUCUUCUGCGUUUCUUUGACGACAUUAGCUGGUGAUCAGAUGGAGAAGCAGCCUUUGCCAUCUGAUGAUGACAAAACAGGAACCACAGAGUCAGAGAUCGAUGGCUAUGCUGCUGAGGGGAGCCAGCAGGGCUCCGCUGAGCCUGCAGCUCGAGCAGGAUGGAACAGUAAAAUAGAGUAUUUUUUGGCUCAGGUGGGAUUCAGCGUCGGGCUCGGCAACGUCUGGAGGUUUCCAUAUUUGUGCCAUCAAAAUGGAGGAGGAGCUUUUCUCUUCCUGUAUGUGCUGCUGAUGCUGCUUGUGGGCAUUCCCUUGUUCUUCCUGGAGCUGGCAGCCGGUCAGGCGAUCCGGCAGGGCAGCAUCGGAGUGUGGAAGUACAUCUCCCCCAAGCUCGCAGGGAUCGGCUACUCCAGCUGUGUGGUGUGUUUCUUUGUGGCUCUCUACUACAACGUGAUCCUUGCAUGGAGUCUUUUCUAUCUUGGGAACUCGUUCCAGAUCCCUUUACCUUGGGAACAUUGUCCAGAACUGGGGAAUGUAACAGUAAAAGAAUGCAGAAAGAGCUCCCCCACAUCAUAUUUCUGGUACCGCCAAGCUUUGGAUAUCACAGACUCUAUUGAUGAGACAGGCUCUUUCAACCCUUACAUCGUCUGCUGUCUGCUGGCGGCCUGGACCAUUGUCUGCCUAGGAAUGUUCAAGGGUAUCAAGACCUCCGUCAAGGUGAUGUAUUUCUCCUCCGUCUUCCCCUACGUGGUGCUGUUCUGCUUCCUCAUCCGAGGACUCUUACUGGAUGGGGCCUUAGAGGGAAUCAGCUACAUGUUCUACCCCAAGCUGGAAAUUUGGGCAGACAUGCAGGUGUGGCGGCAGGCAGCCACGCAGGUCUUCUUUGCCUUAGGCCUUGGCUUCGGGUCAAUUAUUGCCUACUCCUCCUACAAUCCCAAGAACAACAACUGCCACCGCGAUGCCUUCACUGUCUCCGCUAUAAACUUCCUCACAUCUGUGCUGGCCACUCUAGUGGUGUUUGCUGUGCUCGGCUUCCAUGCCAAAGAAAAGGUCAUAGAAUGUGUAGUCAGUAAUAUGAAGGAGUUAUCAGAGCAGCUUCGUAUUGGUUAUGUGGACAAAAACCUGAUACCAGGCUUCAACUAUUCUGAUCCCAGUUCUGUGGCUAUAGAGGACUACAAUGCCUGGUUUAAACAGUAUGGAAAUAAGGUCCCUGGCAAUUUAACAGAGUGUAACCUGGAAAAGGAGAUGCAGAAGGGUGUGGAGGGCACAGGCCUAGCUUUUAUUGCCUUCACUGAGGCCAUGUCACACCUGCCUGGCAGCCCCUUCUGGUCAGCACUCUUCUUCCUCAUGCUGCUCAACUUAGGACUCAGCACCAUGUUUGGCACUAUGGAGGGCAUCCUCGCCCCUCUCACUGACCGCUUCAAAACUCUGGCCAACAACAAGAUCAAGCUCACAAUUUUCAGCUGCAUCAUUGGCUUUCUAAUUGGCCUGCUCUUCACUCAGCGUUGUGGGAACUACUUUGUGAUGAUGUUCGAUGAUUACUCUGCCACUCUGCCCCUCAUCAUUGUGGUGGUUUUUGAGACUUUCAGUGUGUCUUGGCUAUAUGGAGCUGAUAGGUUCCUGGACGACAUUGAGGCAAUGCUGGGCUGGCGUCCGAGUGUGAUUUACAAGUAUCUGUGGAAAUACAUCUGCCUACUUGCUAUGCUGGGGUUGCUGGGAGCCACCACCAUCCGCAUGUUCAUCACACGCCCCACUUAUAUGGCAUGGAACCGAGAGAAGGCUUCUGAGGAGCACCUGGAUUACCCUGGCUGGGCUCUGGCUGUUUUAGCUAUACUGAUCAUAUUUGCCAUGAUGCCCGUCCCAGUGGCCUUGAUCCACGCUGUUCUGCAGGACAGAGCAAAGCGAACACCCAGAGAUACAGAGAUUGGUCGGUACAGUAUUGUUAACACUGAUGACAAGUGUGAAACCCCUAUUACUGACAUGUCAGAACUGGACCAAAGGAGCGGGACCGCUGCUUCCUCUCCCUAAACAUUGGACAUGAUGUUACACAGCGGGAAAUAACUGGCAGUAUGCAGUCAAAACUUCACUGGGCCAUUUCAAAGCAGAAUUCAUUUAUCUCACAGCUUUUAGUGCAGCUAUGGCACAGAGAGGAAUUGCAAUGUCUGACAAGAUUCCUCAUUUUAAUAUUUAAAAACUUUUUACUCUUUUUACUUAAAAAAGUCCAGACAUAGGCAGAGGAUAAUACUACUGUUCCAACAAGUACAACUUUUAAAAUGUGUCUAAUAUGGAACAAAUAACUUAUUGCUAUGUAGUAACUACAAUUGUUAAUUGUUAGUUGUCCAAAUUAACAAAAACAAUGUUCCUUAGUUUACAGUAGAAGCCACUCACAUCAUGUCAUGUUCCUGCAUUUAUUAGUUUUGUAUGAAUAGUUCACUUAUCCAUUUUGUGUAAAAUAUCCUACAUUUUUAUUAGUCUUUUUUUCCACUUUUAUAAAAGCACUCUCGUGUGAGAUCCACCUCAUCAAUUCAAGAAUUCAUACAUGCCACUGUGACAAUGAAUGUCCCAGUUUUUCAAAACCAGCAACCUUUCACUCGUUUUGUUAUGCCUCCACUCGGUGAUGGCCGUGGCCGGAGGCAUUAUGUUUUUGGGUUAUCCGUCCAUAUGUACAUAUGUACGUACGUAGUGUGACAUCAUAAUGUCCUAGAAAAACACUUUUAGCCAUUAUUCAAACACCAUGACUCAGGAACCGAAGGGGAGAUUGUGACCAUGUUUCACAGUUGGUCGGACACUGAAUAGGUGACAGUUAUGACUCAAAAGUCAAAGGUCGUUGUGACCUCAAAAUAGGUUUUUAGCCAUAAUUUAAGAAUGAAUAGGGCGAUUCCAGAUUUCACACACGUUGACUGGGACGACACAGGGAGUAUACAAUAACUAGCACAGUACAGGCUUUCCUCCAUCUCGUCCAUUCUGCCUUACACUUCCUGCCUCAUUCUGAAUUUUGAGCAUCAUCGGACUCACGUGACUGCAAACAACGUAGUGGAACACGCCUAGCUAAUCGUGAUCCUGUGAGUGAGUUUCACCACUACAGCUCAUAGAGAGGCUUUGCAUUGAACAAUGCCAGGAGAAAACAAAAGCCCCACCUUUUGUGUAGCUAUACUCUAAGAAUCCAUCUUUUCUUAGUAAUAAAGUACAUGUGUACCUGUUUAGCCACUACAUCUAUGAUAAUCCUUCAUUAAUCAGUUCAGCAAUGUAUAUACUUUAAACAAUUCCUUCCAAGUGUUCACUACAUGUAUUAUGUGAGUCUGGACAGACAUGGAUGUAUAUUGCAACUUGACUGCUUGGUGGAGGCAUACAAUCACAGGGCGUUACAGCGUAUCACUGUUCAGCCUCUUCUACGUGUAUUUAAAGCUCUUGUGUGUUUUUAACCUUAAAAAAGGGACAGUUCACCCCAAAAUCAAAUAUAUAUAUAUUUUUCCUCUAACCUGUAGUGCUAUUUAUCCAUCCAGAUUGUUUUGGUGUGAGUUGGCGAGUUUUGGAGGUGCUCAAAGUGCCAAGAAUAUACAUUUGAAAAACACUUUUUACAGAAAUCAUGCCCUGGGUACUCAAGAUAAUCCACCGAUUUGUUGUGAGCAGUUUCAUGUGAGAACAAUUUUCUUUCUACAGAUAGAUCCUACUGCCCACAACAAGGUCAAGGUCAAAAAUAUCAACUCAGAGUCUGAGUGUAACGUGUAAGCUCAACCCUACAGUGUUGUGGAGCACUGUAGCCUGAUUUUUUUUAACUCUAUGUAAGUCUAUGUUAAUAUGUAUAGUAUAGGUAAAAUUCUUCAACAACAUGUAACUGAAAAUUUGUGGGAUUUUCUCACAUUUAUUAUUAUUGUUACAUUACAUGAUGCUUUGUUAUGUGGGUGUGUUUUUUUUGGUGCAGUAUAUGAUGUAAUUAUGGUGUUUAUAUUGUAAAAAUAUUUUUUUAGACUUAAAUGCUUGAUCAUCAUGGUCUUAUUUUUUGUAGCCAUUUUUCUGAAAUUAAAGGUGUUUUUUACAUUUUCAGUGGGUUACUAUCAAAAUUAAUUGACAUUGAAUUCUGUUGAAUGCAUAUGUAACAAAACAAAGUGCCUUCAGAUUUAAUGAGGCUGAUUGAACAAAAGGCUAAACAUUUGAACAUGCGUUUUAAAAAGACUUUUCUUUUAGCAGAUUCACAUUUUUAUAGUGUCUUUUAUAUGUAGUCUGUACGUUUGUAUAAAAUGGAUUUUUGAAAACAUUUUAAUAUAAUGCCAUUGCAAUGCAAUAUAUGUUUGCUAUUUCCUUAAAACAUACUACAGCUACAGUAUAUUUAAAAAAUGUUUGAAAUGUAGCUUGAGCUUGCAAUUUAAACAUUGCUUGGACCUUUACUCAACAAGGUCUUAAGUAUUCACUUGUUAAAUGGUUUUAUAUAUUUGCAUUUUUAGAAAGUGAUUUUGAAGAUGUUUGUUCAUUUCCUUUAGAAAAGGGGAACUGAAUGCACAUUUAAAUACAAAAUGUUUUGCAAGUAUGAAUUAGAGUUGUACAAAGUAAAUUCAUUAAAAUGGUGUGCUUGUAAAUACAAGUGAAUCCUC